CGCUAGACUGACCUUGACAGUGUCCACCUAAUGACCAGGACCGAAGAGGGUUAUAAGCCUGUGCGAAGAAUUAAAAUUAUUAUCAGUUGGUGAUUAAGGUUAGGAAUUAGGUUUAGGGUUUUAAUCACGAACUGACAUCAGCUAUAAUGCCAAAACUCUAUUUAUCCAAAUAGAUGAGUGAUUUUUGCACCAAAAUCCGAGAUGUUAUCUUAUACGUGAUUAGUUCAUCCACAAAUUAUAUUCUCGCCAUAAUUUUCAGUUUGCUACAGUAUUAUUGUAUGGAUGAGUAAGUUGUCUGGAAACUUCCUAGGUCACCGCUUAUUUUUCGUUUCCUGACUAGCAUGAUUAUGCAAAAUUAUGUCUCGAGACAUGAUUAUCUGGUCACAAUUUCUUACCCAGAGUGCUUAUUGUCAAUAUUUAUUGACGUUGUUAUUCACGGACGUAGAUCUGACUCUGACCAGUGCUUAUAAAACUAUAUUUAUUUAGCAAAGUUUUCAUCACAAAACUUGAAAAUCUCGUCAGAACUGAUAAAUAACAUUGUCAACUUUUGGAUAUGGAUGUCAUUUUUGAUUGCUAUAAUUUUAAUUGGUUUUUCAUGAAGUGUUAAUUGUUAUAAAUGGUUAGUAGUGUUGUAGUAAACAUUACGUAGACUCUCGUAAACAGUUACUGUGGGAUUAUAUAUGUUAGCAUAUUAAUUCCCAUACGCAAUACAAACUUAGUAUACUCAGAUUUCUUGUGUCCAUGUAUACUCUCCAAAUCAGUAAAAAAAACAGUAGUGAGAUGAAUUAAGGUCAAUAUUCUUACUCAUGAAUACCAGUUCAUGUAAAACUACAUAGACUUGAUACGUUAAAAGGUUUCAUGGUACUUUGCUUUGAGUUUAAAUAAAAUAACUUAUAUUAACUUUAAGAUAUGAUUACCCUAACAAAUCAACUUAUAUACGGCUUCAUUUUCAAUUUAUUUAAUUAUUUUGGUGGUUCCAUCCAUAAAACCUUGCGCGAAUGAAGUCCAAGAAGUUGGCUAAACUACGGCCAGCGGUGGAAUCCAGGAUGCAUGUUCCGUCCUUGUCUUAAGACUCGUUAGCUGGAUGAACCUGUACACCAUUGGUGUCUCCAUUGGCACCAGAAUAUAGUUAUUUUCGCCCUAAACACUGAGCUGUUAAGUCUAGGGCAAGAAUAGUUGUUUCUUUGCAUCGAUGCCACCUUCGACUUGUUGGACAAGGCUGUUCCGAACACUUUGUUAACAUCUUAAAAGCGUUGUACACCAACACUACAUUCAGUGAUAGCGCGCAACCACCUCUCCGCUUUCCCAUUGCAGCCGUGAGUCUAGGCAGGAGUACUCAGUCUCAUCAUUUGUCUCCAACUGUUUCAGAAGAAGAUUGCGAUUAGGUAGUUGCCCAAACUCACCAUUUCUCUCCAAGUUUAUUGUCAAUAACACUCAUAAAACAGCUCUGACGGAAGCAGGCAGUAGUGAUUUGCAUCUGUUACCGAGAGAGAGUCAUCAACAUUGGGUGCAUAUUGUCUUACUAUGCGAUGAAAAUCAUGCUAUCCAAUCUUCAAUUAAUCAGUAGUCAUUGUCUGUAGAUAUUCUAUGUACUAUGCAUAUUCAAAAUGCAAGGUACUUCCGCCAGUUUGACAGGAGCCUGUGUUCGCACUCGUUCUUGAUUCUGAGUCGUUGGAAUCAGUAGAAAUGUUCAUGUAUCUGGUUGGUAACGUUAAUGAAUAGACUAAUAUACGUAUGAUAAAAGUCAGCGCGAGAUAUAUCAAUCUGAACUGUGGUGUUAGUCUAGCUGUGAAAGGUCGUGUACAAUACAUUCGUUAGAGGAUUCCUACUCUGUGUCAGUGAAGCAUGACCUUUGGGUUGAGAAUCUCUGGUGACUGUUUAUGUCUGAUCAUUGUUGUCUCUGUAGGAUUGUUGACGUUCAGCGACAACACCAUGUUAAUCAAUGGUGAGGCUCAGUAAUGUGUGUCCGGACACAUUUACGAUAAUUGAAAUCAUUUUACCAUCUUGAAAGACUUGUUUUGGCGACUUGGACGUGUAUUAUGAAUAUCGUUCUGGAGAAUUGCACAUCAUCCAUUAAUUGCCAACACAAGGACUGGGUGGGAAAGGCAGAGAAGUGGUCAGUUUAUAAUAUAGUGCUGGAGUAUGAAAUGAAGUCGCGUAGGAUUGUCGUUGAGGUCCUGAUGACGAUGCAACUCAGUGGCUUGAGAUGUUAUUAGAGAAGGCUCACAACAGAAGUUACUGAAGAUCCUACAGUAGUUUUGUGAAUUUAUGUAAAAAGAGGAAAUUUAACUGUAAUAAAUAUCUGUGUUGCUUUGUUGACUGAAGUGUCUAUCCUUUUGUGUUCACGUAAUUUUUCUGGUUACACAACUGGUCUUUUCAUUCCUCCACGAUAUUAACUCCUCGCUUCGUACUAUUUUAAUGCCUGGUUGUACGAAAUUUUAUGUGAAAUGAGUAAACAAUAUAAAUGAAACAUUUCCCUCGACCUUCAAAUAAUCAAAUUAAGUGAAAAGCUAAAGUGGUGGAUAUGGUCGUGAAUUGAGGGGGGAGUUAAAGAUGUUUUGUCGAAUGGUCCUAGAUCUGUAGUAGUCACGUUGAAUGAUUAGUCUUUAUCUUUUGCCAUGUUUCAUUUCUGUUUCAUACAUUCCUUGUUAAAGGUCAAACGAACUCACGAAGUAAAAACUGGUCUCAUUUUUUAUGUGUAAGGUGUAUUAGUAUUACCUGACUAGCCAUACUGAAUUUGAGAUUAUCUGUUUCCAGCCUGUAGCCCAGUAGUUAUUUCUUUCUUUUGAAAGUAUUAUUCUCACUCAGUUUUACAUUGGUGUGCUAAUAUUUACUGUUACUAAACAAUUUCACAUUAUUCUGCUUAGCUUUUCUAUUAAUCACUUUACACUAUGUGUAUUGAGUUUGUACUUAAUUUUCCUGGUAUAUUUUUCUACUUAGCCCAACUAUGUAAUUUACUGUACAUUAAGGGAUUAAAUUGGAUUUAAAUAGUAUGCCUAUUAAACGAUCAUCUGGACGUUUAGGACCUAUUGGUGGUGGUGUUAAUAACAAUACACGAAGAGCAUGUGAGCAGAUGGUGUCGUCAGUACCAUUAGUGAAGCACUCUACAUUUCCUGUUGUGCCAAAAUUAUCCCGUAUAUCAUUUCUUUCUCUCAGUCUAAUGCUGUGCUUAACAUCUACAUUAACUCAGCACAUGUAUCUGUAUAGAACUGUGUGGUGGUUACCGAAUUCGUCAAUCGAAUACCCUGUAGAAUUUGGCUCAGUCGACUAUUAUGUUAUGGCCCAUAUCAUCUUUAUGCUGUGUACUCCGUAUGUCUAUUUAAUAGUGCUUAAGCUUCUUCCUUCAUUUGUAAUGACAUCACUGAUAAUGCGCUCAGUCCUGGGUUUACUCAUUUUUACUUCCUGGGGCUACAUCAUGAUCUGGAUUUUAAAUCGGAUAGAAUAUUCCGGGACCACAAUCUUGUAUCACCUAUCCGGAAUAUUGUUGCUGGCGUAUUUUCCCAUACUAACUCUCUUAGUUUACCAUUCUCGUUAUUUGGAGAAAAUCGUUUGUCAAGACAGUCGUCAUCAUCAGCCAAAUGGUACUGAUAGUACUGAUAAUAAUUAUUGGGGCGACAGUAGUUCAAGAGUUGUAUAUCGACCGUCUGUUUUCAGGUUAAGAAAUUGUCUACAGCUGUUUACAUCAUCCUGUUGGCGAUGUCUCACAAUCAUUACGGAUUGGCCAUGUUUACCUCCUGAGAACAUGUUUUUUCCAACGCCAUAUACAUUUGUUCCUUCAAGACAACUCCAUGCAUCAACUGAUCAUCCAUCAUUUCAAACCAUCUACUAUACAAGUGACGUAGAUUCAAACAAUUAUUUAAUGAAUCAUCAGUGUUUAGGUGCAACACCUGAACAAAUACGUGAAGAAGUCGAACUGUAUAGACGUGAUUUUAAUGCAAGGUUAAUGGAUAUUUUAAUUGGUACCUUACAUGCAGUUUAUUAUGGAUGCUUUCUACCAAUGAUAUUUGUCCAGAAUGAACACUUAUAUAUUGAUUAUUGGUGGUGCAUUCAGCAUUGUUUCUUGACUGGCUUAGUAGUCUUUCUGUUACGUUGGCAUUAUUUUCUACCAUGUGAUUACAUCGAUUUGCUGCAUCGAAUUUCUAUGCAUCUGGGUAGUUGGGAGAAUUCGCUCACACGAAGUGGAUAUAUAAACACUAUAUCAUGGUCAGCGUCUACCAUUUAUCCGCAUGGGGUUGCAGUUAAACAUAUGCACGGUCUAUUUCGAUCUGUUGGAAUUAAUAACUGUGCUGAACCUGGCAAUCGACUUCAUUCACGGUUUUAUUUUCUAUUCAAUAAUCCGAAAUAUAUAAGUAGUAUAUUAAUGUGUUUUUUAUUAUUUAGUAUUAUGUAUCAAUGUAUUUGUUCAUAUUGGAUAUAUGAAUGGUAUAAAUUAAUUGGUUUAAUUAUAGAUGCAUUAUUUUGUUUUCUUAAUUUAUAUUUACAUUUACGUAAUUUAAUUUUAAUACAUUUUGUUUAUUCAUCAUCAAAAGAGAAAUUAUGUAAUAUGACAAAUUAUUUAAGUCAUUCAUUAAUUCAUUUCUUUAUUACUACUACGGCUACUACUACUACUACUACUACUACUUCUUCUUCUUCUUCUUAUAAUAAUAAUUCAUCUACAAAUUCUAUGAUUAAUUAACUUUCUUAUUUGUUCUUCUUCUUCUUCUUCUUCUUCUUAUAUCAAUCUAUAUUUAAUUCAUAAUUAUGAUACUUUUCUUUUAUCUUGACAAUCAUGAAUUAUUUUUUGUAUUUCUUAAUGGAUCAAUAUCUUCCCCCCAUUGUUUACUCUCAAGGUAUAUAUUCCUUGUAUAAAUCUAUGAGAAUAUUAUAUUCUGGUUACUACAUGGUUACUACAUCUUAUACUUGUGCUUUUUUAUAUAUUUUUUUGUUAAUAAAAUAAUAAAUAAAUAUGGUUUUACUACAAUGAAUACUUUUGUAAUACUUAAUUAUUUACUCCUAUUACUUUCAAUGAAGUAUCCGCCAACCGACCAACAUUCUUCAACCCACUCUGUCUUGAGCAUUCUUUUCUACUUCUAUCCAAUUGUUGUUCAUUCUUCUCAUAUCUGUCUCCGUUUCUCGGUGUUAUGUGUUUUUUUAGUCUUCCUCUCCUCCUUUGGCCUUGAGGAUUCCAGGUGAGGAAUUGCCUUGUGACGCAGUUGGAUGCUUACCUCAAUAUGUGAGCUAUCCAUUUCCACGCUUCUUCCUCCGUUGGGAUCUGGUUUGUUCUUUCCCACAGUAGGUUGUUGCUGAUAGUGUCUGGCCAAUGGAUCUGAAGUAUUCGUGUAGAUACCUGUUAAUAAACACUUGUAAUAAAUAAAUAAACAAGAAUAUGAAAGGAUGGUGCUGAUAGCGAAUAGGCUAUUUAAUUUAUCUUAGUUUCUGAUGAAGAUUACGAUCAAUAUCUUUUAAAGCUCUACAUUUGAAAACAAUCUCAGAACCUUCGAUGAUAUACGCCUUAAUUAUAUCAGCAAAAUGUUUGUUCUGUUGUCGUAUUUUUUCUUGCCCUAAAUAGAUAAACAGUCAUUAUGAUGACUGGUUUUUACUUUCAUAAAUUCAAAUAAGUAUAAACAAUUUCAGAAUGGGUUUUUGUGGAUAUUAUAAUAAUUUUAAUAGUUGACAUAAUGAGUCAAUUGAAGCUCGACCACCAUGAAAAACCUGGAAACACUGGACGGCCGUCUCUUCCUAGUAUGGAACUCCUCAGCAGUUUGCUCGCACAAGCCCGCUUCGCGGGGCUCAGAUCCAGGAUCGAAAUCGUCGAUGAAGAUAAAUGAUCAUUGAGAUCACUCAGCGUAAGAGGACCGGAAUUACAAAGUUUGGCAUAAGUUGCAAUGAAAUAAACAGUAUUACAAGUUGAUUGAAUGUGUCCAAUCAUACCACAUUUAAAACAUUUAGCAUUAGGAAAUACACAUGAAUUACAUGGGUGAAACUAGUCACAGAACAAACAUUCACCAAACUUGUGCUCUUCUUUGUGACCUGCUUCACAACUCAAUGAAUUACCUGCAUAUCCUUGAGAACGCAUUGGGUUGGUAUGACGUAGCAAUGCAGUGGAAUUUUCGAUGUCCUGAC